ACAACCUGCCCGUUUAUUUCCUGGUUGCGUAGAGUCAAGAAUCACUCUCUGUUGAGAUUGUCGCUUUUCCGCACCUUCAAAGCUAAAACUUGUCAUUUUAUUCCGAGCAACAUGUUCAGGGGGUUCGGGACGUGGUUGGGUCUGGAGAGCCAGACGUACACGAAGACGUCGGACGAAAAAGAAAACCUGAGUGUCGUGGAGCAAGAAAAAAAGGUGGUGGAAGCCCAGAACGAAGUAAACAAACAGCAGCCAGCUGACGAGGACGGAGAACCGGAGGCGGACCAAGAAAACUCCGAGCACGGGAAAGGACUUGGUGAUUACAUCUUCAGUUUCGCGUCCAGUGCCACCAAGAAAAUCUCCGAGUCGGUGGUGGAGACCGCUCAGACCAUCAAGAAGACGGUGGAAGAAGGGAAGAUCGACGGCAUCAUAGACAAGACUUUCCUGGGAGACUUUCAGAAGGAGCAAGAGAAGUUCGUCCAAGAGAAGAAGUCCAAAAAAUCUGACGCAGCGGUGCCUCCGUGGGUCGGCUACAACGAGGAGGAGACCAUCCAGCAGCAGAUCCUCGCCCUGUCAGCUGACAAGAGAAAUUUCUUGCGUGACCCUCCUGCCGGUGUUCAGUUCCACUUCGACAUGGAGCAGAUGUAUCCUCUGGCAGCAGUAAUGCUGGAAGAGGACCAGCUCCUCAACUGCAUGCGCUUCGACCUGGUUCCUAAACACGUGAAGGAGGAGGUUUUCUGGAGGAAUUACUUCUACCGGGUGUCUCUGGUCAAGCAGUCGGCUCAGCUCACAGCGCUGGCGGCCCAGCAGCAGCAGAAGGACGGUGAGGACAGAGGGGCCGGUGUCUCACCUGAGGACAUCGUCUUAACAGACAACGUCGGACCAAAAACUCCACCAGUUUCCAUCAGCGACAAACGGCAGCCACCUCAGGAUGAAGAGGAGGAGAUGUCGACGAGUCCCGGCGUGUCCGAGUUUGUGAGCGACGCCUUCGACUCGACGGGCAUCAACCAGGAGGACCUGAGGAAAGAGAUGGAGCAGCUGGUGCUGGACAAGGACAGCGCCCCCUCUCCCGAUGACGAGACAGCGGACUGGGAGAAGGAGCUGCAGCAGGAGCUCCAGGAGUACGAGGUGGUGACCGAGGCGGACAACAGAGACGACCAGUGGGACCAAGAGAUCGAGAAGAUGCUCCAGGCCGAAGAUAACUAGACGGCUGCUGCUCGUCGGCCUCCUGGUCGCCGAUCGGGCUGGAGGAAUCGUGACCCGGUGAUGCACAGGGGGGAGGGGUGAACUUCCACAUUCUCUGUGACCCGACUGUGAUUACUAUCUUGUAAAACGCCUGUACUCCGAUGAAUGUGUGGAUCCAAUAUUAGCAAGAGGGUGUCAGCUCUGCUGGAAGCAGUGGGUCUAUCCAGGCGUAUUAGUAGUAGUUGCGCUACUUUGUCGCCCCUUCCUACUUUUAUCUACUUGCUUUCCCCUACCCUCUCUCUUUUUGAUGGGGGGGGGGACAAAAAAAGCUGCUAGAUGGCUCUCCGGUACAAGUACAGUGGAUUUUAUAAUGGAGGGGUGUUUAUUUGAAAUGACACAAAAUGUUCUAUCUCCGUUUCCACUGCUGCUUUCUGGUGGGUUGUACAGUAAAGUCUUGGUAUAGUUCUAGUAACGUAAAGUCAAAUGUAAAGUUACAUUUCUGUAAAUAAAAACACUAUACCAAACUUCAAAUGGCAUUCCCCUUCCAUUUACAUCUGCUUGUCAUUUUACAUUUUGUAUCGUGUUUUCACAAGCUGUACUGUGCUCAUGUCUGCUUUUCCUUUUUUCUCUGCAACUGAAAUACUGUACCUUUUCUGUUGAACCUGUGAAGCUUCAAUAAAUAUUUAUCUGUUA